CAGAGAAUCCGUCUUCAUCUUCAAAGCAUCUCUCGCCGAAAGGGAAAAGCUCCAGAGAUUCUCUCUUUUUCAGGGCUCCUCUGUAUUCCCUUUCUCGCUCUCUCCUCCUUCAUCAAUCCCCGACUUCCGUUCCUCUCCGUUCCCUGUUCAUCCAUCUCGUCGAGCCGGCGCCGGCGCCGGCGCAGGGUAUGCUUGGAGCUGAUCGAUCGACGGCCGCGUUCCCACCGUCGGACGAAAGCCGCGAGUAUUAUUAGGCAGGAGUAGAAGGAAGAAGAAGGAAGGAAGAUGGGUUCGGAGCGCGACGACAGCGUCCCCGUCACCGAGGCGCGGCUCUGCGCCAACAACUGCGGCUUCUGGGGCAACCCCGCCACCAUGGGCCUCUGCUCCAAGUGCUACAAGGACUUGUGCCUCCGGGAGCAGCGUGCCGCAGCCGCCAAGGCCGCCAUGGAGAAGUCCCUUGCCCCAGACGCCGCCCCGGCCCCACAAGAAACUUCGACGAGGGCGGCGGCCAGUCCAUCGCGGGCCAUGCCUGGCGUCGGGGCGUCGAGCUCGGAGUUUCCACCCACGAGUGGCGAGCCGAAGUCGAAGGCCACGAACAGGUGCGAGGCGUGCAACAGGAAGGUCGGCCUCACGGGCUUCAACUGCAAGUGCGGGUCCACGUUCUGCGGGGCGCACCGGUACCCGGAGAGCCACCGGUGCGAGUUCAACUUCAAGAAGUCAGGCCAGGACGCGAUCGCCAAAGCCAACCCCUUGAUCAAGGCGGACAAGGUGGACAAGAUCUGAACGGAGGCGGGUUAGUCAAUUCGUGGAGAUUAAGGGGGCAAGCAGCAAUAGUUCUGGGUUUAGAGCAGUGGAUUGAAUAUAUUUUUUUUCGCCCCUUCUUGUCUUUUCCUGGUCGAUUAGAGGAAUUGCUCCUGGAAUGUCUGCCUUUAUUUCUUGCGUCCUGGAAUGAUUCCUCUGUUUCCUUCUCUCCAAUCCAACUUGGCCCCGCAAGAGCUGUCUAUGCUGGUGUUCUGUUCUCUCUGUGAAUUGACCAAGAAUGAAUGGACUCUCUGAAACA